AUGACUCACCUCAACAACACAGUCACAGGCAUCAACAUGAACAUGAACAUCAACCUCUUGGUCUCACAUAAUGACUCUCUUCUUUCGAUGUACUGCGAAGGAUCCAAGGAUGGAGAUGGUAGUCAUCUCGCAAUCAAGAAGGUUGACCAUCCUGCAGUAAUGGACCCAGAUGUGUGUUUGUGUAUUUUGGGCUCUUGCAAUGGCUUGGUAUGUCUAGAAAUCGGCGACGACAACUCCAUUAUUAUAUUAUGGAACCCUUGUACUAGAGAAACCAAGGUGUUAGCACAACCUCCAUAUCAUUUCCAAGACAAGAUGUUUUACGGAUUCGGUUAUGAUUCUUUAGCUGGAGAUUACAAGAUAAUGUUGGCCACCGAGGGGCCUUCUGAAGUUAUGAUGAAUGUCUUUUCACUAAAAAGGAAUUCAUGGAGGACUUAUGAAUAUCUUGCUGAUUUGAGAACGACUGAUCAGCAGGGGUGCUUCUUAAAAGGAGCUCUUCAUUGGAUAACGUCUGGAACUAUCACCUCUCUGGAUUUAGCAGAUGAGGAAUUUAAGGAGAUUGUGCCAUUACCCUAUUGUGGCAGCACGGAUUAUAGCUUCGAGGGAGUUACGAGUGCUCUAAAUUGUCUUUGUCUGUAUAAUGACCCGACCGAAGACACAGAUUUUUGCAUAUGGAUUAUGAAGGAAUAUGGUGUCAAGAAAUCUUGGACUAGAGUCAUAAAAAUUUCAUCAGAGAUUUUGGCUCAACAGGUUUUCGUGGAAGUGGAUGAACUUGAGCUGAAGGUUGUCUGCAUUUUAGAGAAUGGUGAAGUUUUGAUGGAUCAUGAAGGAAAGGUCUUGGUAUCAUAUAAUCCCAAGACUAGGACAUUUAGGAAUAUUAUUAAUGGUAAAGAAGAUGAUGAAUUCCAAACAACUACUUACCUAGAGACUUUAGUUUCGCCGGUAACAGCAGCAGAGGGUGGUGGUGGUGCAAACAAUCUGUGA